AGCCAGCCAGCCCCCGGGGGCCCCCGCGAGGUUGCAAGGAUGACCGAAGGGGCGGAGGCGGCGGCCGCGCGUUGAGCGGAACCUGCAGAAGCCCUCGCUAUGGGGCCGCGCGCGCUCUCGCCCCCUGCCUCUCUGCGACUAAGGUGGCUGCUGGCGUGUGGCCUGCUGGGCCCGGUCCUCGAUGCCGGGCGGCCAGACUUUGAGCAGACCAAACAUCUGUCCUCCUAUGAAAUUAUAACUCCUUGGAGAUUAACUAGAGAAAGAAGGGAAGCCCCGAGGCCCAGUUCAAAGCAGAUGUCUUAUGUCAUCCAGGCUCAAGGAAAGCAGCAUAUUAUUCACUUGGAAAGAAACACAGACCUUUUACCUCACGACUUUGUAGUUUAUACCUAUGACGAGGAAGGCUCUCUGCUCUCUGGCCAUCCCAGCGUACAGAAUCAUUGUCAUUAUCGGGGCUAUGUGGAGGGUGUGCACAAUUCAGCAGUUGCUGUGAGCGCCUGCUCUGGACUCAGAGGGUUGCUGCAUUUUGAGAAUGCCAGUUUUGGAAUUGAACCUCUGCACAACAGCUCGCGUUUUGAGCACAUAUUUUACCCAAUGGAAGAUGUCCGCCAAGAGCCUCUGAGAUGUGGAGUUUCUAACAGGGACGCAGAGAAGGAAGCCAUGAAGGAAGACGAGGAGGAGCAUCCAAGCAUGACUCAGCUGCUGCGGAGAAGAAGAGCUGUUCUUCCGCAGACCCGCUAUGUGGAGCUGUUCAUUGUGGUAGACAAGGAAAGGUAUGACAUGAUGGGAAAAAACCAGACUGCUGUGCGAGAAGAAAUGAUUCGCCUAGCAAACUAUCUGGACAGUAUGUAUAUCAUGUUAAACAUUCGCAUUGUUCUAGUUGGACUGGAAAUCUGGACCGAUAAGAACCCAAUCAAUAUAAUCGGAGGCGCUGGCGAUGUGCUGGGCAACUUCGUGCAGUGGCGGGAGAAGUUCCUUAUAACGCGGCGCAGACAUGACAGCGCGCAGCUGGUUUUGAAGAAAGGCUUUGGUGGGACUGCAGGAAUGGCGUUUGUAGGAACAGUGUGUUCCAGGAGCCACGCAGGUGGGAUCAAUGUGUUCGGGCAAAUCACAGUGGAGACGUUUGCAUCCAUUGUUGCUCAUGAGUUGGGUCAUAACCUUGGAAUGAAUCACGAUGAUGGGAGAGAGUGUUUCUGUGGAGCAAAGAGCUGUAUCAUGAAUUCAGGGGCAUCAGGUUCCAGAAACUUCAGCAGCUGCAGUGCGGAGGACUUUGAGAAGUUAACUUUGAAUAAGGGAGGGAGCUGCCUUCUCAACGUUCCGAAGCCUGAUGAAGCCUACAGCGCGCCCUUCUGUGGUAAUAAGCUGGUGGACCCCGGGGAAGAGUGUGACUGUGGCACACCAAAGGAAUGUGAGUCGGACCCCUGCUGUGAAGGACGCACUUGUAAGCUCAAGUCAUUUGCUGAAUGUUCAUAUGGCGACUGUUGUAAAGAUUGCCAGUUCCUUUCAGGCGGCUCCAUGUGCAGAGGGAAAACCAGUGAGUGUGACGUCCCCGAGUACUGCAACGGUUCCUCUCAGUUCUGCCCGCCAGACGUCUUCAUUCAGAACGGAUACCCUUGCCAGAAUAGCAAAGCCUACUGCUACAAUGGCGUGUGCCAGUACUACGACGCACAGUGUCAGGUCAUCUUUGGUUCAAAAGCCAAGGCUGCCCCCAAAGAUUGCUUCAUUGAAGUGAAUUCUAAAGGUGACAGAUUUGGCAACUGUGGUUUCUCCGGCAGUGAGUACAAGAAGUGUGCCACUGGGAACGCUCUGUGUGGGAAGCUUCAGUGUGAGAACGUGCAGGAGAUGCCAGUGUUCGGAAUCGUGCCGGCGAUCAUUCAGACACCCAGUCGAGGCACCAAAUGCUGGGGCGUGGACUUCCAGCUUGGUUCAGAUGUCCCCGAUCCAGGGAUGGUGAAUGAAGGCACAAAAUGUGACGUUGGAAAGAUUUGUAGGAAUUUCCAGUGUGUAAAUGCUUCUGUCCUGAAUUAUGACUGUGACAUUCAGGAAAAAUGUCACGGCCAUGGGGUGUGUAACAGCAAUAAGAACUGUCACUGUGAAAAUGGCUGGGCUCCCCCACACUGUGAAACCAAAGGCUAUGGAGGAAGUGUGGACAGCGGGCCGACGUACAACGCAAAGAGCACGGCGCUGAGGGAUGGACUUCUGGUGUUCUUCUUCCUAGUCGUCCCCCUUGCUGCGGUCGCCAUUUUCCUCUUUGUCAAGAGAAAUGACCUUCGGAAAACCUUCUUCAGGAAGAAGAGGUCGCAAGCGUACGAAUCAGAUGGCAGAAGUCAAGCAAGCGUGUCUCGACAGUCUGGUGGUCCAAGUGUCUCUAGACAACCUGGAGGUCCAGGCGUCUCUAGACAGCCUGGGGGCCCAGGCGUCUCUAGACAGCCUGGGGUCCCUAGUGGCCCUCGACAGCUCGGGGGUCCUCAGCAUGUUCCUCCAGUCGGCCCAUCUAGAGAAGGUCCUAUGACUGCAAACAGAUUUCCAGUACCAACCUAUGCAGCCAAGCAGCCUCCCCAGUUUCCAUCAAGGCCACCUCCACCGCAGCCAAAAAUAUCAUCUCAGGGAAAUUUGGUUCCUGCCCGGCCGGCUCCUGCACCUCCGUUAUACAGCUCCCUCACCUGAUGUUAGGUUCUUAUUUUUCAGAAGUCUUCAGGGAACUGAGCAAAUGCUUUUUGUUUUGUUUUUGUUUUUGUUUUUGUUUUCCUGAUGUUUUCUUGAAAAGCUUUCUCUUCCAACUAUGAAUGAAAACAAACUACCACAAAACAAGCUUUAUUAACACAGAAACGGAGUGGGGAGUUGAGAAAUACAGGAACGUGCAGACACUCCAGGAGAUUUAGAGUUAACUUCCCAUUAUUAAAAUGUCUUCUUUGGUCAUUUGUGAGUUUAAUGCCCUUAACGUGGAUUAAGUUAUUUUGAACAUAUUAUUGUAAUGAUUCUCAAAUUAACUGUAUUGGUGUAAGAUUUGUCAUGAUGUGCUUAAAUGUAAUCCUGACUUUUUGACCUCAGUUUUCAUUAAUAGUUUCUGGUUGAACAUUUGAACAUGUAUUAACCUAGGAAAACUGACUAACUGCCAAUAAUGUCUACAGCUUCACCUUGCAUGGAUUAACAGCCAUUUAUACAGACUCCUGUCUCUUUCUCAUACACAAAAAUGCAGAUGUCCCGAAGAAGAAUACACAAGAACCACAAUUACUAGGUCGUGAUAUAAUUUGAAAGUUUGAAAUAUGGUGUGUAUUCAGUUAUUGGCUUCCAUUUUUUAUGAUCUUUCACGAAUAAUAACUAUGAUAAAAUUGAUUUAACACUAAAUCAGUCACUGGCUUCCAUUUUUUAUGAUCUUUCAACUCCAAUGAAUGGUAGAAAUUGCUUUAACACUAAAUUUUCUUUACACAUCACGUAAAGCAUUGUGGUAGAGUUGCUUUAGUUGAAGUGCACACUUUCCGGUACGAGGUGGUAGACUGAAGCAGAUAGGUGCCGAUUGAACAGAAGCAUGGAGAAUGCCUUCGCCAGGUGAGCUGUUAUAUUAAACCACUUGAGAAUUCAUGAGCACUUUAACUCUCAAAUCUGAAUUUCAAAGCUUGAUAUUGAGUCAUUUAGAAUGUUUACAUUUACUAAGGUGUGCUGGAUCUUAUCUCUUUUGACUAAUAUUUUCAUAAAAAUUAGGGUGGAGAGAGGAAGGAAGAAAUGAUUUCCUUAGGUAACUACAGACAUUAUCAUGGCAUCUGUGAGUUACUGUCUCAGCUGUAUUAAAAUGAAUUUGUACUUUGAAAGAAAUGAUAUUGACACUAAAAUUUUAAACACUUAAAUUUUUUCAUAAUCUUUCAUAAAGAAGUUUAAUAAUAGGUAUAUUAACUGAAUUUCAUUAGUUUUCUAAAAUAAUAUUUUGGUUUGUGUAUAUAUACAUAUUAAAAUAAAAACAUUUACAACAAAUAAAAUACUUGAAAUUCCUU